UCCGUUCACCUUCGUAAUCCACGACAAUCAACGUAAAAGAAGAGAAAGCUAGGUUUGAAGCAGCAUCAACACAUUCUUCUUUUAGCAACUACUGCUUUGACCUUUAGAACACCCUCAAUACUGACAGAUCAGAUCAGUCCAUCUCGCAUACACCUUAUUAAGUCGUUCCAUCAGCGCUACUCUCCAUUCAAGAAAUCGACGCAAAAACCGCAUCCCGCCAGCACGAGGAUCAUGACCUCGUCGCCGAAUCAAGGGCCGCCGCCUGAUUCUACCAAGCCAUUUACAUCAGACAAAGGCACAGACCCAGAAAGUCUGCAGCUUCAAGAGCAAGCAGUACCGAACAACAUCUCCGUCAUAAAGGGACUGGGAUGGCUGGACCGCUUCCUAGCUCUCUGGAUCCUUCUCGCUAUGGCAAUCGGUAUCCUUCUCGGAAACUUCGUCGAGGAAACUGGACCAGCACUUCAGAAGGGCAAGUUCGUAGGGGUAUCCAUCCCCAUCGCUCUAGGCUUGCUCGUCAUGAUGUACCCUAUCCUUUGCAAAGUGCGCUACGAAACUUUACAUCGUCUAUUCCGCACUCGGGCCCUCUGGGUACAGAUUGCUUUUAGCAUUGUCAUGAACUGGAUUGUCGCUCCGCUCCUCAUGCUGGGUCUUGCGUGGGCCUUCCUACCAGACAAGAGCGACUUACGGACAGGGCUAGUGUUAGUCGGGUUGGCCCGAUGCAUUGCCAUGGUCCUCAUCUGGAACGGGCUCGCCGGUGGCGACGACGAAUACUGCGCGAUCUUAGUAGCAGUCAACUCCAUCCUCCAGAUGAUACUUUACGCUCCCCUCGCCAUCCUCUUCAUCAAGUUCAUCAGCCGCGAAACCGGCACCGUCGCCGUAUCGUACGAAACAGUGGCUACGAGCGUCGCUGUGUUCCUCGGUAUACCCCUCGGCGCUGCCAUCAUCACACGACUUCUUCUUCGCAAGCUGGCAGGUGCGGAGUGGUACGAGAAAGUGUUCCUCAAGUGGCUUGCGCCAUGGUCACUCAUCGGUCUUCUGUACACCAUCCUCGUCCUAUUCGCCUCCCAAGGUCGACAGGUCGUUCACCAAAUCGUCUCCGUUGUUCGAACCGCCGCACCACUGAUCGUCUACUUCGUCGUAAUUUUCUUCUUUACGCUCUUCGUGUGCAACAAGCUUGGGUAUGGAUACAAGUUGGGAGCGACCCAGAGCUUCACAGCUGCGAGCAAUAACUUCGAGCUUGCAAUAGCCGUGGCUGUGGCUACGUAUGGCCCCAAUAGCGAUCAAGCACUCGCCGCUACCGUAGGACCUCUCAUCGAAGUUCCUGUGUUGAUUGGGUUGGUUUAUUUGGUGAAAUGGGUGGGUAAGAGGUGGGCUUGGAAGAAGGUUUAGUUUGUACUCUUUACGAUCAUGUCCAUUAAACAUACAACUCGUUUACCAUUGAAACGGCAUGUUGCGCUGCUCAGGAGGCU